AUGUUUGGAGAGCAGGAAAGUACCCAACAACAAUCACAACAACAGAGAAGAGACUCUUCGCCUUCCAGAGAAGCCAUCAUGAUGAAGAGAUUGGAACAUUAUAAAAAGUACAAAAAACAGACCUCUGGAUCGGAUUCAUAUGAUACAACAUCUGCUGAUGAUCUGGAAGGCUUUGAAGAGGAAUUGGUGAAGGCUCUCUCGCCGGUGGUGGUGAGUAGUAGUGCAAUUACACCAACACUCAAAAAGAGAGGCAUGGUAAGAAGAGAUUCACCGCCCCCAUCUCAUCCUUCAUUGGACAUGACAGGAAGAGCAUCACCAACAGCAAUGGUAGAUUCCAUAGGUUCUCCUAGUGUAAUGAGCCCUUCGAGUCAAACUCAGAAGCGAGUGAUGAGAUCUAACAAGAGUAGUAGAGAUUCCUCUCCCUCUCUAAAAUUGCUAAAGCAAACGUAUGAUAAUAACAAACAAAAACAAGACGAGGAAAUGCAAGGUAUAUUAGAGAAAUUGAAACAGGAGUCAGAGGAGAGGCAUUUGCAGCUUAUUAAUCAGAAGGAGAUGGAAAAAGCUGAGAUUGAACAACGAAUCAUGAAAAAAGCUGAGGAAAUCAUUGCCAAACAUAAGGAACAAUCUCAAAGAGCUCAAGAAGAAGUGUACAAAAAAGCUGAAGAGCUCAUGAACAAAUACAGAGACAUGGCAGCCGCUGCAGGAAAGGAGGUUGAAAAGUUGAAAGACGAGUUGGUGGCAUUAAAACUUGAAAAAGAUCGAGAAAGCAAUGAGAAAAUUGAUGCUCUUCGAAAGCAACUUGCAGACGACUACCAAUCAAAAAUCUUGAUGUACCAAGCCCAAGUGGAGGAAUUGCAAAAGAAAUUAUACCAACAACGACUUGAAAUGAGCAAGACAACGGAUGAACGAGUUGAAAUGUAUAGAAAAAAAUCUGAAGAGACUGAGGCCAAGCUUGUCCAAGAAAUGUCUCGAUUUCAUGCUAUGGAGAUGCAACUGAGAAGCGAGAUUGACUCUCUAAACAAGUCUUUACCUCUAAUGGCUCAACAGAAAGCUGAUGAACUACUACGAGAAUAUAAUCUAAAUAUCAAGAAGAAAGAUUUCGUUUUACGUCAAGAACAAGAGAAUCUUCUUAAUGAGAAAGAAAAGGAAUUACGUCAUGAAUACGAGCAGUUGAAAAAAGAUCUUGAGCAAAGUAAACUUGAGUUUGAAGAGAGAAAUAACCUUGAAACAAAAAGAAUUAGAGAAAAAUUAGAAAAUGACAAACGAGUUUUUGAAGAAACCCUAAUGGUUAGGUAUGAAAAGAUGAGAAGUCAACUCGAGACAGACUUUGAGAUUAAGAAAGAGGAACUUAGACAAAAAGAAAGAAUGUUACGCGAAGAGUUAGAUAGAACUAGGCUAGAUCUUACUCAAAAAGUUAUCGAGGAAAAGAAAGAAUUCGAGAAGGACAUUUUCAUGAAAACUAAAGCUAUGAUAUCUGAGUUUGAGAAACAACUCGAGAGAAAAGGAGAGGAGAUCGCUGAUGAUCAAAAGAAGCAAAUAUCAAACCUUUCCAGGGAUGCUUUAGACAAGCUGAGACUCGAAAAGGAAGAGAGAUCCAAAUUUGAGCGACAGGCUGUGGAAAAAGCUAUGAACAUCGUUAAAGAAUUCGAAGAAAAGAUGAAGCUAGAAGCAGAGAGAACAAGUUUGGAGAAAAUUAAAGAUUUAGAAGAACAAACUCGAAGAGAAAGAGAGCGUAAUGAAGAAGAGACGCGAAAAAGAAGAGAAUUUGAGCAAGAAGUAAAGAACAAAUUUGAAAAGUAUAAAGAAGAUUACAAGAGAGCUCUCGACAAAGAGUUUGAAGAUAAAAAGAGAGAAAUGAUUUUAGAAUAUAAGAGAAAGGAGGACGAGCUUGAAAAGUUGAAACUUGAGCAAAAAGAAAAACUUCAUAACGAAGAAAGAGAACUGCUUAAAAAAGUUGAUGCGAUCAAGCAUGAGAAGAUACAGGAAUCUAUUAAUCACAUUGAACAAUUACGAGCAGAGCUGUAUGCACAGUGGGAAAAAAUUGCAAAAGAAGAAGGAAAACGAGUUUUAGAGGAAAAAGACAAGCACCAACGUGAAAUAGAAGAUAUGAGAUUAAGAUAUGAAGAAACUGUAAAUCAAGCCAAAUUAGCAGCCAAACGAGAGAUUGCCGAAAUGAAGAAAGCCCAGCAAGAGUUGGAGGCUAAACUUAAAAACGAUUACGAAGAGAAAGUACAAAAGCUUAGUGAUGAAAAGAGAUCUCUCGAAAAAGAGCUUCAAAAUAAGCUGAUAGAUAAAAAGAAUGAAAUUGAACAACAAUAUAACAAAAAACUGGAGGAGGUUAAAAAGGGAAUCGAAAGUAGUUUGGAAAAGAAGGAAAGUGACCUUAAACAAAUGAAGGAAGAAAUUGAGUUUGACAAAUUGAGCUUUGAACGAAAAAUAAGGGAGGAUUAUGAGAAUAGAAUACGAGAUAUUACUCUUCAAUUUGAAAAGAGACAGAAAGAGUAUCAAGAUGCCGAAAUUGAAUUGCGACGAAAGCAUGAGCAAGAAAAGCAUGAACUUCAAAAGUUGCUUGAAGAAGACAAAAUGAGGUAUCAAGAAAGAGUGAGACAAGAAGCUGAUAAGAUCAUAAAAGAAAAAGAAAAACAGCUCAGAGAGGAGAAGGAAAAAAUUCUCAAUCAAGCAGAAGAGCGAGUUCAACAAAUUCGAAAAGAAACUCAACAUGAUUUGUUGUGCCAAGAUUCAAAGAUAGGUGAAUUUGAAACAUCCAUUAGAGAAAACUAUCAAAAGCUGUUCAGGGAGAAAGAACAAUAUUACCUACAACAAUUAGACUCUCUAAAGCAAACCCUUAAAAAUCAAAGAGAAGAAUAUGAAAACAAGCUUCACGAAUCGGAGUUGCUUCUUAGAAAAGAGAAAGACGAGUUAGAAAAGAUGAUGGCUGAUAAGUAUAAUAGACUUAUCGAGAAGGCCAAUGAGGACUUUAAACGCGAAUCCCAAAAGAGGAUGCAACAAGAAGUUGAUUUCGAGAGUGGAAAGCUUCAACACGAAAUCAAAUUGAAAAAACAAUUAGAGGAGGAACGAGCUAAAUUGGAACAACGAAUUCAAGAGAAAUUCGUUUUGGCUGCAGAGGAAACAGAGAAACAUUACAAUGAUAUCAUUAGAAAUCUUAAGGAGAGAAUUGAAGAAGAGAAAAGGGUAAUUGAAUCAAUGGGGAAAAGGGAAAAGGAAUUACAGAAAUCACAUGAAGAGAAAUAUUUAGAGUUGCAAAGACAGGGGGAACUUGCUAAAAUGCAAUUUGAGGAAGAGUCCAAACAACGAUAUACCCAAUUACUGCAUGAAUACACUAUCAAAGUAAGGCAAGAGUUACUAGAAAAAGAAAAGAAAGAACGGGAAUCUAGGCAAAAAGAAGUGCAGGAAUUGAAUGAAAAAGUUACCAGAAUGGAAGAAGAGAAAAGAAAGUUCGAACAAGAGGCAAGAGAUCGAGCAAUGGAGAUGGUAAAGAAAGUGGAAGGUGAUUCGAAGAAAGAGAAACAAAAACUUGAAACAUAUUACAACGAUAUAAUCAAAAAGAUCCAAGAAGAAAAGAUUGCUUACAAGCAAGAAGUUGAUGAACAGAUUAGACAAAAAGAGAAUGAAAUUAGAAACAAUUAUGACACAUUACGUAUCAAAUUAGAAAAAGCAACCGAUGCUAGAGUUCAAGAAGUACAAGAGACUCUCGAAAAAGAACGAAAUCGGUUGUUAAAAGAGGCUAAUGAUCGACUUGUAAAGGAAAAAGAGGAUAGACUGGCGUUUGAAAGGCGUUUAAGGGAAGAAAUGGAGAAAGAGUUGCAACAACGAGUACAAUUAGCCAACAAUUCUCUAAAAUCGCAAUCUGAAGACCUAGACAAGCGAAUGAUGGAACUCGAAACCACCGAACGAAACAGAAUCAGAAUGUACGAAGAAAAGCAAAAAGCCUUUGAAGAAGAAAUUCGUGCCAAGUACAGCCUAAUAUUAAGCAAUUACGAACAAGAUCAUCUAAGGAGUGUGGAGUUGUUGAAGAAAGAAAUUGAGGAAGAGCGUGAAGCUUUGGCAAAGAAAAAUCAGGAACUUCAAAAGCAAUUUGAAAUCAAUUCUAUUGCAUAUGAAAAGUCAAUUCGAGAAAAUUAUGAUAAACUCAAACAAGAGCUAGAACAACGCUACAAAGAGCUAUUAAAGAAUAAGGAUGUACAAUAUCAAACAGAAAUUGAAGAUUUACGAAAGAUGAAAUCAAAAGAAUUAGAUGUACUGGAGAGAGAAAAACUUGAGUACGAAGCAAGGUUGAGAGAAAAGUUUGCACUACUCGAGAGAGAACUUGAAGGAAAAUAUAUGAGCGUAAUAGAGGAAGCAGAAUCCAGAUACAUGAAGGAAAAACAAAAGUUGGAAUCUCAAGUUGAUCAAUUACGCACUGAUUUGAAAAUGAUGGAUUCACAACGGCUUGAAUAUGAGCAACAAACAAGAAGAAAGUAUGAAGAGAUCUUAGAAAAAGAGAGAAACGAAAUAUUAAAAGACAAGGCAGUUAUGGAGAAACAGUUCAAGAAGGAAAUUGAAACUCACAUAGAAACAUUUAACGAAAAGCUGAGACUACUUGAGAAAUCAAAAUUAGAUCAUGAAGAAUCCAUUCGUUCUAAGUACAUGAGAAUGGCUGACGAAAAAGAAAACCAACUACGCUCAGAAUAUGAUAAUCAAAGGUUGUUGGAUCAAAAGAAAUGGUCAGAGAAGCAAGAAGAAUGGAUUCAAAAAGAAAGAGAUCUUGAAAGCAAGAUGAUGCAAUAUGAAGAUCAAAUAAGAAACAAAUAUGAACUACUAAUAACAGAUCAUGUUAAUAAGACUCAAGCCGAAAUGAGAAAGCUCAAGAAUCAGCUGGAUGAAGAAAAAUCACUUAUUUUGCAACAAACAGCUGAAAAGGAGAGAGAUCUCAAUGCAAGAUAUCAAAAAUAUGAGAGAGAAUGCAAAUCUAACUUUGAAAAAGAAAAAAGAGAACUCUGGUUGCAUUACGACAACAUUAUUAAGGAACUAAAGGAGUCUGUCGAAAAAGAAAGAGCAGAUCUACAGAAAACCGCCCUUGAAAAGGAGGCAGAGCUUGAAUCCAAACUAAUUGCCCACGAGGAUAACAUUAGAAAACAAUACGAAGAAAGAUAUAUAGAGUUAGAAAAGGUUUUGCUCCAUUCUAUGUCUUUGAGACAAAAACAUCUUGAAGAGGAGUGGAAUUUAAGGUUCCAGAAAGAACAAGAAAGGAUGAAUCUUAACGAUUUUGCCAGAAUUGAGUUUGAAGAUAAAACUCGUGAAUUCUUCCAAAAUCUUUUUGAUAGCAAGCAAGCUGCAUUGGAGCUACAGAUGAAUAAUGAGAAAGAAAAACUUGAAAAAGAAAGAGAAAUGCUUAACCAAGCGAUUGCAGAUCGAAUUCAAGAAUUAAGGCAAGAAAAGAUGGCUUACGAGGCUGAAAUUAGAGAGAAGUACAACAACCUUGUUCAAAAGGUUCAAGAUGACGUUUCUAUCAUGCUCAAAGAGAGAAUUGAGGCAGAAAAAAUUGAAUGGCAAAACAGAGAACAAACAUUUGUUGAGAGAGAAGCAGAAGUACACAGACAUAGAAUGAAAUCAGAAGAGGAAAUGAGACAAAAGCUCGAGCAGUUACUUGACUUGGAAAAACAAAAAUCCCAAGAGCUUAUGGAGGCCUUUGAGAAAAAGAUGAACGAAGAACGAUUCGCAGAAAAGCUCGAGCUAUCAGAAAAAGAGAAACAACUGGAGCAACAUAAGAUUAACUAUGAACAAGUGGUCAGAGAAAAGUACAACAUAAUUCUGGAGAAGGCUCAACAUGACUACAAGAAUAUGAUUUUAGAAGCUACUGAUAACUUUAACUCGGAGCAUGACAAACUUAUUUCCGAGUUUAUGAAGAGGAAGGAAGAACAAGAUGCACAAUUACUGUUGCUACAGGAGCAGUAUAGAAAGGAAAACGAAGACCAAAUUGUAAAAUUCCAAGCUAUGCACCUUGAAGCCCUUAACCAAAAAGAAGAACAAUUUAGAAAUGAGCUUCAAAUUGUGAAUCAAGCAAUUAGAGAGAACAUCCUUGCCGCAGAUCUCUCCAGAAUUGAAUAUGAAGAGUAUAUGAAGGAAAGAUUCGAACUGUCACUGAAGGAAGAGCUACAGCGCAUCAAGUUGAUGGAAGACUCUAUAAAGGAACGAAUGAGGCUUGACUUGGAGGAUCGAGACAGGCUUCGCUUUGAAGAGAAGAAAGCUCUUGAUUCUGAAAAAGAACUUUUUGAGCAAAGAACAAAGAUUAAAUACGAUAAACUACUUGAAGAGCAAGAAAAGAGACAUAUGGAACGACUUUCUCAGAUGCAAGCACUAGUAGAAGAAGAAAGGGAUAAUUUAGACAAAAGAGAAUUGGAAAGAAAACAACAUCUAAGAGAUCAAAUGACAGAAUUUGAGGAUAAAACUAGAAAGCUCUAUGAGGAUAAGAUGAAGAAACUUGUUGAAGAUUACGAAAACAAACUCCGACAAAAAGAUAAAGACCUUUCAGCAGAGAAGGACAAGCUGGAUGAUCAUAUCAGAGAACACGAGUCUCGCAUUACCCAACUAGGAAACGAAAUUGAGGAGCAAAUGAAACAAAAGUAUGCCAAACUUCUUGAACAAACGGAACAAAAUAUUAGGAGAGAAUAUUCCAUCACUGAAAUGCAACUUAGAUCAGAUCUCAACACAAAGUUUGACGAUUUAAUAAGGGAAGCCGAAAUGAACUCUAGAAUUGAACGCCAAAAGUACGAAGAAGAGCUUCAGGUUAGAUUUGAAUCUAGACUAAAUAGCAUUGAUGAAAGAUGGAAGAAUGAGAUUAACAUUCUCAAGAAGAUGCACGAAGAAGAAAUUAUUAAGAUUCAUAAUGAGUGUAGAGAACAAAGACUGGAGGAGCAGAAACAAAGAAGUCAGUACGAACUGUCUGUGAGAGAUCAAUAUCAGAAGAAACAAAAAGAAUAUUACGAUGAACAGCAACUCUUAAUUGACUCUAUUAGACAAAGCGAGGCUGAUAUGCGAAAUCAGUUACAACAACGUUUGGAAAUGGAAAUUGAAAAGGUGAAAGACUCUAUUCAUACAGAAAAAAUUGAAAUUGAAAAGAGUUACGACAGAAAAGUAGAUGCCAUAAAGAAAUCGUUUGAAUUGGAGGUUUCUGAAAUUAAGAAGCAAUAUCAAGAAAAGACAUCCAACAUUGAACUAUCAAAACUGGAAUAUGAGCAGAAAGUCAAGACAAAAUACGACAAACUAAUUAUUGAAAUGCAAGCAACUCUAGAUAAGAAGCUCGAAGAAAGAAAUAAGGAAAUUGAAGAAAUUAAGAAGCAAAUUCAGCAAGACAGGAUUGCCUAUGAACUUGCCGUUAGAGAGAAAUACAAUGAAGCUCUUAAGGAAAAGGAAAAACAAAUGGAAGAUCUCUUAAAAGAAAGAGAAAAGUUACUCUUGGAAGAUGAUCAGCGAAGGAACCUAUCCUCUCUAGAAAAAGAGAGACGACUCGAACAAAUGAGAAUUGAAAAAGAAGAGGAAAUUAGAACGAGAUUUGAAAAGCAAACAGAAGAAAUCAGAGAUCACUGCAAGCAUCAAAUCGAAGAAACUAUCAAACAACUCGAAGUGGAACGAGCCAAAAAAGAAGAUACAGAGAAAGAAAUUGUAAAGUUGCAACAACUGCUGUCCAAUAUGCAACACAGCAUGGAUCUAUGGAAAUUAGAAUAUCACAAAACUACUACUAACAAAUUCAAAAAGCUCAUGACGGAGGUUGAGUUAAAGGCAAAGAGAGAAAUGGAAGAAUUUGCAAGACAACAAUUAGAGGAUCAAGAAAGAUUAUUAGCUCAGGAACUCAGACAGAAAGAAGAAGAACUUCGUAAACAUAAACAAAAAGAAGAAGAGCUUCAAUUGAUAGCUAUUGAACAUCAACAACACAAGAUGCUAGAAGAACAAAAAGAAAAAGAAAUCUUGAAGGGUAAAGAGAAGCUUGAAAAGUACAGACAACGCUUAUCAGAAUUAUGGACCGCAUUAGAAACUGAUCCAAGCAACAGGAUUAACUUUUUAUGGGAAGUUGAAUCCAAAGCAUCGUUCUCUCAAGAAGUAUUGGAUGCUUUUAAGAAGGAAAUUAGCAAACUCACCGAUCAAUUACCUCUCAUGGAAACAAUUACAAGACGAGAAUUUGUGAAACAGAGAAUCAAGGAGACCAUGAAAGCGCGAGACUCUCGAUCUCAUCAAGACCCCAAUCGAACGAUGAAGGAAGAAAAACAACGACAAGAGCUUGAAAAAGAGCUCAAGAGGAUCAAUGAAGUUCUCUUGCAAACACUCUCAGAGUAUGAACGAAAGUACAAUGUUGAGUUUACUUAUAAGGGACGAAAUUACUUGGAGCUCAUGCAGAAGGAGCAGUAG